AUGCAAGGACCGGAAAUCAAGGAGCUCAUCGUGGUCCCGCCUGGCAAAGCGCAGCAGUCAUCACGUCCCACGCUCGACACCUUACCCCACGAUGUCCUCAUUCAUAUCGCCCUCCUGCUCAAUGGUUCAUCCGCUCUAGCCCUGGCGCAGGUAGCUCCUUCUUGUACGGAGCCCGCGGAACAUCGUCUAUGGCGCGACGUGACUAUCCGGCUGCCAUUCGGCUACGGUGAACGGCCGUGGAACAAACGGUCUCGGAAGGCAUACCCCUCCAAUCGGUCGGAAUCGCUUGCGCUGGAGCAAAAACGCAGGCAAGCGCUAGAGGACAAGGUCGACCGGCUAUGUGAAGAGCUGGACGCGGACCCAAAACGCUUCGGGCUGGUGCAGAAGGUGUCGCUAGAGAUGCGUCCAGGAGCGGCGGAGGCUACAGAGUGGAUGUUGCGGGAAGUGUCGCCAACGCUGAGGCGAUUGGAGCUGGAAGCGGAUCAAUCAAAAGACAGCGAGAUCGGCGCGCCGGAGUCUACGGAAGCGCUCGACCUCGUUCUCCUGGAUGCGGGGAUUACGUUCAGUGCAUUGACGUACCUUCAGCUCGGGAACGACACGGUGCGCUUCCCCUCCUUCAUCAGCACCAUGUGCAACUCCGCGCCAAACGUCACAACCCUCGACCUCGAGCUCAGUCACGUCUUCCGCUUUGACGUCAAGACGGAGGACGGAUCUACCCCUCAGCCCAUACCCUUCCUUCCUACCAAAAUCAAGUCCCUCCGUCUGUCAUUCUACGACCGUCCCCUGGCGUGGGAGAACGGCGAGCCGCUCAAGACAAUGCUCGAGCUCUUCAGUCAUAGCCCUCACCUGGAGCACCUGUCAUUCAUCUACCGAGAACCUCGCGGUAAUCACUACCACUCGUAUCCUCAGCUCCUCACCGCCAUCAAGGGCAUCUCCUCCUUGCGAGAUUUUGCCUGGACUCUCGAUGCGGAUGGAAACGAACCUCCCAGAGUGUUGCCCGUCUUUGACCACUCUACGUCAAGCUCGGCCUCACUACGGCGUGUGGGUAUCUACAACGAAUUCUACUGGUGGAUCAUGUUUGGAGACAUGCAUUAUCUGCCCGCGCUGGAGGUCCUAGUCCUGGAGUACCUUCCCUUUCAAGCCUUCCACGCCAAAUUGAAACCCCAAGAAGGCCCCAGCGGCAUCAUACCUAUCCUCGCCGCCCAGCUCCGCCGAACACCCCGGCUAGCGACUAUACACCACCUUGUUUCCAAUGAUCAUCCGGAUCAUCGGGACGAGACAGGCGAAUACAUCUACGGGCCUUUUGGCGUCCUCGAUUGGCCUUCCGCUACCGCCGCCUAUAUUUGGUCGGUCCGGCACGGCGAGCACGAGCUUCUUCACGGCGCCUACCUCAACACUCUGGAGAAGCCACUCGCAUGUCACAUGACGCCGCUCGGUGCGGAUCCCGAGCGGUAUUGGCAGCCGUUCAGCGACUUUGAGGGAAAAGUCGUGCCAUUGGAUGUGAUUGGGCGGAUGUUGCGGAUGGAGGGACUGGAAGAGGCGGCGUGGCAGCAAAGAGGGGUGGAGGUCGGAGAGGCAGCUUGGAAGGUGGUGAUAGAUUGGCAAGGCAGGGCGGAACAUGUCCGAACUUUUGGUCGCGGAGGUUGGCGAGGAAGAGGAAGGGGGAUGGGAUCAAGGGGAAGGGGUCAAUAUGCACGUUGA